UGAAACAGGAAGGAAAGCAGGCGGAGAGGGACGGGAGGGAGGCUGUGAAUGCUAACAAGCCCCGUCGUAACCGUAUAGCUGUGUAGGUAGGGUUUGAUAACACAUCUUGCAAUGGAGAGGAACGACGACCACUAUUAAAACUCCUACUAUGCGCCAGCGCAGAGUCCGCCUUGCGCGCGUGCAGCAGCCUCACCGUCGUCGGCACGUUUGAUCAGAAAAACCGUCUUUUUUCCUCUGAGUGAAAUGUAUCGCGACUGCUCGGGAUUCACAUUCUGACAAUGGAGAUUGAAAAUAUCGUGGCCAACACGGUUCUCCUGAAGGCACGGGAAGGUGGAGGAGGAAAGAGGAAUGGCCGCAGCAAGAAAUGGAAAGAGAUGCUAAAACUCCCGCACAUCAGCCAGUGUGAGGAGCUACGUCGCACCAUCGAGAGGGACUACACUAGUCUAUGUGAGAAGCAGCCCAUUGGUCGGCUGUUAUUCCGUCAGUACUGUGACACAAGGCCAGAGCUGAAGCGCUGCAUGGAAUUUAUGGAUGCUGUGGCUAUGUAUCAGCUAGCUCCCGAUGAGAAAAGGAGGGACUGUGGACUGAAUGUUUUAGACACAUACUUUAAUAAUGGGUCGGCAGCCCAUCUGCCUGACAUACCCCAGGAUGUUGUCGCUGGGUGCCGGGAGAGGUUGGAGCAGAGUCCGUGUAAGGAGCUCUUCAAUGACUGCACCAAAAUAGUUCGUGAUUAUCUGAGUGGAGCUCCAUUUUCCUCCUACCAGGAGUCCAUGUACUUCUCUCGCUUCCUGCAGUGGAAAUGGUUGGAGAGGCAACCAGUAACCAAAAAUACCUUCAGACAUUACAGAGUACUAGGAAAAGGUGGAUUUGGCGAGGUUUGUGCCUGCCAAGUACGUGCCACCGGUAAGAUGUACGCCUGUAAAAAGCUGGAAAAGAAACGAGUGAAGAAAAGAAAAGGUGAAGCAAUGGCACUAAACGAAAAACGCAUUUUAGAAAAAGUUAACAGUAGUUUUGUAGUUAGUCUAGCAUACGCCUAUGAGACCAAGGAUGCGCUGUGCCUGGUGCUGACCAUAAUGAAUGGCGGUGACUUAAAGUUUCACAUUUACAACAUGGGGAACUCAGGCUUUGAUGAGCAAAGAGCCAUCUUCUACGCUGCUGAGAUUUGCUGUGGCCUUGAGGACCUGCACCGUGAGAGGAUAGUUUACAGGGAUCUGAAACCUGAAAACAUCCUUCUGGAUGACCGUGGACAUAUUCGAAUUUCAGACUUGGGCCUUGCUGUGCAAAUCCCUGAAGGGGAGACGAUACGAGGGAGAGUAGGCACCGUUGGAUACAUGGCACCCGAGGUGAUCCAGAAUGAGAGCUACACCUUCAGUCCGGACUGGUGGGGGCUGGGCUGUCUGAUCUUUGAGAUGAUCCAGGGCCAGUCACCUUUCCGCAAGCGCAAGGAACGUGUCAAGCGUGAGGAGGUGGACAGACGAGUGCGGGAGGACCAGGAGGAAUAUUCUGAUAAGUUCUCUGAGGAGGCGAAAGACAUCUGCAGACAGCUCCUGGCCAAGGACCCCAAGGAGAGACUGGGCUGUCAGGGUGGCGGGGCCAUAGAGGUCAAGCAGCACCCCAUCUUCAGAAAUAUCAACUUUAAACGACUGGAGGCCAACAUGUUGGACCCUCCCUUCAUCCCAGAUCCUCGAGCUGUGUACUGUAAAGAUGUCCUGGACAUUGAGCAGUUCUCCACUGUCAAAGGCGUGAACCUUGACCCCACAGAUGACGACUUUUAUUCCAAGUUUGUCACAGGCAGUGUCUCCAUCCCUUGGCAGAACGAGAUGAUCGAGAUGGAGUGCUUCAAAGAAAUCAACGUUUACGAGACAGACGGGACACUGUGCCCAGACCUGGACAUGAACCGGCCUAACCCUCCACCAAAGAGAGGCUUCUUCUACCGCCUGUUCAGAAGAGAGAUCUGUUUUGAGGGCAGUUACAGCGAUGACGAGACUGAAGGGCCCUCGCGACUUUAAACCACUCCCUUCACCUGCACCCUUCCGCCGCAGAACUUCUCCACAAACUCCAACCGAGCGCAAAUCUUAGGAACUCAGUGAAUGUUGACCUGUAUUUAUGAGCUGUAUUAAAAGUGUAUUAUAAUUAAAGAAAAAAGUAUGAGUUUAAAGAUUUUGUACAUUUGUACUUGAAUUUAUGUCUAGAUGUAUAUUUUCACUAAAGGUUGUAUUGUACAAAAAGCCAUAAAAGUACCACUUGAAUGCAUACAUUUACAUUUUUAUUUCCUUUUUUAUUUUCUUUUGGAAUGAGUAUGGAUAAAGUGUGUUGGGGAGCUUUUUUUGUUUUGUUUUUAAGAAGCACAGUACCAGUAGUCUUUUUAUUUUCUCAAUGUAGCAUAAGGCCUUUUUGUUUUCUUGUGAGCUGUAAUUUUGUCUUUGAUUUGGCCAGCGUGACAUGUUUUUAGUACAUCAGCUCUGCCUGGUUUCAAACUAACCCUAGCCUCCAAAUGCCUCAAGGCUCAGGUAGUUCUAAAUGAAGUGUGUAGAUUCUAAUGAAACGGGGUUAAAAAUGAAUCUAGACUACCGUUGCUAACUUUUCCUGUCUGUUUCAAGGACUUACUGCCCCUGUGUAUUUAAAUUGGUUGAGGUAAUCUGAUCCCUCUCUUCAGCCCAGUUAUGCAGGUGGCCGUGUAGUGAACUGUCUUCUAGGUGCCUGUACCGACCCAGUUCUAGCAGAGGUGGCGAGUUUACUCCUAAUUGUGGUUUAUUUAGCACGUGUAAGAGUUAAAUAGUAAAUAUGAUAUGGUGGAGGCCAUUUGCAGUAACAUGAAGCCUGAUCCCCAUCAUUACUGGACCUCUCUAGAAAUCUUUUUUUCAUGAGCUGCAAAAGCUCAGAACAUUAAUUUUUAGAUGCACAGCUAUUGAGUAAAAGUCUGUUACAUUAUUCACUUAGGUUGAAUAUUUUUGGGGUGAUUUAUCUCUAUUCCUCGUCUUUUUUUCUUUGCUGUGUUCUCUGGCUUUUAUUUCCUUUUCUGACUGUGUCCAGUUGUUUUGAAUUGUUUAGCAUGCAUAUGGUUUUAAGCAGACCAGAAAGCCUCUGGGUGUUUGGACACAUUUGACUGAGUUGGAACAGGAAGACAGAUGAUAAAGGAGGCGAUGUUGAAAAUGUAACAUAGACCUGGCCUGCAGCUGACAACUGCUUCUUUAAAAAAGAAACAACAACAAAAACUCUUGCGCCUGAUCCGCUGGUUCAGAUGUCAGCCGUCUUUGGCCUUUGUGCUUGGCUGAUCGCUAGUUGGCCUCCAUUUAUCCUCCCUAGCUAUAACUGUUUGAGAUACAUGUAGAAUUUGUUACUGAUGAUGGGCACCUUUGACUACUAUAUUCAGAGCUUGGAUGUUGCUCUCUCAGGAAUGACCUGAGAAAGUUGCUCGUGUGCGCAGAUGCCGAGAAAUUAACAAUCAGUUGAGUUCUGAAUUGCAGAAACAAGAUUGUUUUACAUUUUCCUACAGCCCUGUUUCCUUCCAAGUUAAUCAGCCAAGAGCAAAUACAUUUUCUUUACUUUCCCCAUUUAUAUAUAUAAAAAAACAAACAAACAUGUUCACCAUUUGCUUUUUUCUGAGGCAUUUCAGACCCAUUUUAUGAAUUUAGCUUUGGAGGCAGUUGCUGUUUACUUCCACCUUCUGUUUUUAAUGCUGUGAAUACCCCACCUGCACAUGUUAGUUUUAUGUGUAUAACCUAAAUGAUUAAUCAAAUUUUUUUCUACACAAAAGCAAAGUCUGCAUUUUGUCAAUACAGCGCUUCAGAAUCAUGUAGGAGCUUGAUUCAAUUCCUAACACUUUUGAAACUGUAUACAUUUAAAGUGGCACACAUAUAGGUCCCCUAUGUAAUUACCUAAUUUGGAGAAGUGGCUUAUUCUAAGAGUUUGUCCCCUGUUGCACAUUCCAUUAUCAGGAAUCAGAUGGGUGCAUCUAGCUGUCGCCGGCUUCUUGUCAUUGAGUUUCUUAGUGUCUUUAUUUCGUUUGUUGUUGCUCUCAGGCACAUUUGAAGCUGAUUUUGCUUGCCUCUGUAGAUUUUAGCCUUUUAGCUCUUUAGCCUCAAAAACCUUGUAAAUUAUGUAUUUCUAACAUGUAACUGAUUCACUCAUUCUCACAAGGAAACUAAACUGUUCACCACCCAUGACUCUAUCAUUGUUUUGACCAUCUUUACUCUUACACCUUCCAUAUAGCAGUGAAGAAAUUCUGUUUUUCGUUCCAUUGCACUAAUGGUGUGUUUUGACAAUGACUAUGGGAAAAGUGUCUUUAAACUUUUGUUGUUUUUAUUUUGUUUUUUUUGCCAGUGAUACCAAAAGCGACAUAAACUAAAUUAGAAUUUCUUUGUUAUCUGAAGAAUUUAGUAGAGAAAGACUGACAGCCUUUAUUAAAUGUGCCAAUAACCAAGUACAUUUUUGACAUCCUGCCUUUUUUCAGCCUCUUUAUCCUUCCGUCCAUUCUUAGAGAAAUCCCUUUGCGUAAAGGAACUUUAAACAGCUCAACAGUUUUGAAUGUCCGCACUAAGUGCAUUGUAAUGCCUGUUUAGAAAAAUGCAUAUGUUUUAUUACUCAAGCAUGUAUCAGUUUGUAAUACUUCAGGUUCCUUGUAUAUGUAAAUUAUGACCUUCUAGUGCCAACAUAUCUCACUGGUAUCUGAGGACAUCUUUAUGAAUCGCAAGGCGACCAGCUGAGUCUUUGAAUUCAUAAAGCGCAUUCCUUCUCUUCUGCCUUUCCUCCAAGACUCUGAUGGUGAGUCAAGCCACUUCCCGAACACUGGGAUGGCGCUCACCAGCGACGUUUCGAAGCGCAAGUUAUUUAGUUUACUCAAGUCUAGCUUUGGGAUGACCACCGACACAGGCUGGGAGGUUUUGCGGGGUUUCACGUUCUUUUGUCCAGAUUUGUCAGUUAAGUAAUAUUUUCGAGAAAGGGAGAAAUGAUGGAUGGAUUAUGGGUUUUCAAACUCGGCCUGGGACUUCUUGAUUUUUCUUCUUUAUUUUGUAUCUGUACAGUCAUGUCGUUCAACCACUGCAGUCAUUGUUAAUUCUUGUACAAGUUGUAUCACUGGUUGUUGUACCAUAUCUGACAUUUGUAAUUAUGAAAUAAUACACUGCCAUUUGUAUAAAAA